AUGCUCCUGUGGAACAACGAGGAAGAUGUGAUCCCCGAAGGCCUCAGUAACCAGACAUUGCGUGCCGACGGACCGAUGGUAAACGUGCUCAAGAUGCCCAAAAACAGCAUGAACAACCGCUUCAUACCCUGGCGCGAACUUCGUACAGCCGCAGUGUAUAUAGUGGACCUGGACAUCCGCUUGCCGGGCGUGGCGUAUGAGUUUGCGUUUGAUAACUGGCUCAAUAAACAGGACUCGCUCGUGGGCUAUGCGUAUCGCAAGUUCGCACCGGACGGUACCUAUCCAGCCUUUGCGCGGCCUCGUAUAUUCGGGCCUGAUCCGGGGUACAACAUGGUGCUGACAGGUAGUGCCAUGAUGCCAACCAAACUGCUGAGGCAGUACUCGUGUGAGGUGGGCACCAAAGGUAUACGAAACAUGGUCGACGACUUGUUUAACGGUGACGAUAUUGCUAUGAAUCUGCUGGCUAUACACAACGGUAAUCUCCCGGUAGCUCUGACACGGUAUCAGCCCGAGAGUGAAGACCCCAGCCUGGACGCAGAGAAGAAGGGGUGUCUGUACAAUCUGGGUGUGAAUGGCCGGAUCGCCUUGCGUAAGAAGUACAGCUCUAAGAACAUCAGUACCAGACCCGGGCACGGGGAUAAAAGGAAGACCAUGUACCGUAGAAUAUGCGCCCAUUUGGCCCUCGAUACUGAGUUGCCGCUGCUGCAGUCGUUCGUAGCGGCGCCGGCUGAUGUUGACCUGUGCACAAUGCCGGAGUAUGCAUCAUGA